UUCAGUCGUGUCUCUGCUCGGUCUCGAGUGCAUUUUUCAGAAAAAGUUAAAUUUAAAAAAAAAUAAAAUUGUUAAAAAAAAAUACUGAAGUCGAUUCGUUUAUAACAAAAUUGUUAAAACUUUUAUCCUAAUUUUAAAAAAUAAACCGCAGCUAAAAAAAAUUACAACUACAUGGGUUACAGCUAAAAGUAUAUAUUUUAGUUCAUAAUGAAUUUAAUACAAGACUUACCGAAAGGACCACUUGAUGUCUAUCGAAAGCAAGCUUCGUUUAAUUGGAAAUCAUUGAAAUUUAACUUAUUUGGUGAGGAUUUACUAAAAUUUCAGGAUAAUUUAUACAACUAUAUUAAAAAGACUCCUGCAUUUCAUAAAAUGGAAAAGGCUUUAACUUUGGACGAGACUCGUCAAAGAUGUUAUGAACAAUUUAAUUUAUUAGUCAGAGACAACGUUGCGAAUGUUGAACCGAAAGGAUGGUUCAACUAUUUAUUUUCAUAUGAUUCUGCAUUGGGAAUUUUGAUUGGCUUGAAUCAAGGAAUGAUACAAAAUACAAUUAUGAAUUUGGGCACGGAACGUCACGCGGAAAUUUUAAACAAUUUAUUGGAAGGAAAGUACACAUGUUGCUUUUCUUUAACUGAAAUUGGACAUGGAACGAAUGCCAAAGGAAUUGAAACAACAGCAAAAUAUAAUCCACAACUUGAAAGUUUUAUUUUUCAUUCACCUGGUUUUCAAUCGGCAAAAUGUUGGUCGGCCUCAUUGGGGAAGGCAGCAACACAUGCACUGAUCUACGCUCAAUUAAUCACCGCAGAUAACAAAAAUCAUGGACUCUAUCCAUUUCUCAUUCAAAUACGAGAUGAAAAAACAUUUCUACCAAUGCCAGGGGUGACAGUCGGUGACAUGGGUGCAAAAAUAGGUCUCAAUGGAAUUGACAAUGGAUUUUUGAUUUUUAACCAUUUUCCCGUUCCUCGAGCUAGUCUUUUAAAUAAAAAUAUCGACGUCACCAAGGAUGGUCAAUUCGUAUCGAAGAUGAAGGAUAAAAAAAAACUUUUUGGAGCAUCUGUAGGAGUUCUUUCCGGCGGUCGUUUAAAUAUCACUGCAAUGAGUUUGAAUUAUCUAACCCUCGCUGUUGUUAUUGCCAUCCGGUACUCUGCCGUUAGAAAACAGUUUGAACCAUCCCCUGAAGAAGAAUGGCCAGUCAUUGAAUAUCAAGUUCAGCAAUGUAAACUGUUCCCCCAUUUGGCGACAACAUACGCAAUUACAUUGUUUUCGCAACACUGUUUGGCACUUUGGGACGAAUUUAAUUCACUUAUGUACACUACUGACGAUAAUCAAUUAGUGGACUCUGUUGGAACGGAAAUACACGCAAUCUCUGCUGCAGUGAAACCACUUUGCUCUUGGCUUACUCAAAGUGCAAUCCAAGAGUGUCGUGAGGCUUGCGGAGGACAUGGCUACCUAAAAGUUUCCCGCUUAGGCGACUUAAGAGCAGACAAUGACGCCAACUGCACAUACGAAGGUGAAAAUACCGUUCUCAUUCAGCAAACAAGUAAUUGGCUGCUAAAUCAGUGGAGAAACGUUCUCAAUGGAAGCAAACUCUCCUCACCAUUAAGGAGUAUCAAUUUUCUAGAAAAUGCUAAUUCGAUUCUUACCCUUAAAUUUAAUUGCACCACGAUGGACCAAACUAUGCAGAUUGAGAAUCUUCUGUUGGCCUUCAAAUGGCUACUCUGCUACUACCUCAAAAAUACCUACGAAAAAGUUGAGCUGCUGGAAAAUAACGGAAGUAGCAAAUUCGAGGCUAGAAAUAAUUCUCAAACGUACUUUGCUCGAUCACUUUCGCUCAUUUACGCAGAACACUUUAUCGUACAAACAUGUUACGAGAAAAUACAAUCUCCGAAUUUUGAAAGCGAGGAAAAAAAGAUUUUGACAAAAUUAUGCUCACUGUAUGCAGCUUGGACUUUAGAGAAAAGAUUAUCCGACUUAUAUGCGGGUGAAUUUGCUUCUUCGCAAUCAAGAAUGGCCGAUUUUCUUCGCGAUGGUAUAGUAACUACCAGUAAGGAUUUAUUAAUUGAUGCUGUAUCUUUAGUCGAUGUUUUAGCGCCUCCAGAUUUUAUUUUGAAUUCACCCCUUGGCAUGUCAGACGGAGAGGUAUACAAGCACUUGGAGAGAAAUUUACUGAAUGCGGAGAAUUUAAGUCGUCCUUACUGGUGGAAGGAAAUAAGCAGAUCGAAAUUAUAGUUCCAGUUAUUUUUAGUUUAAUGAAA